AUGUGGUCACGAAACAAUACAUUUUGUGAACCGACGGAUUGUGGAAAUAUCACCGGACCAAUUAACGGUAACGUCAACUUGACCUGCACAAAGUUUCAGUCCGUGGCCACGUUUAGCUGCAAUCAAGGUUAUACUUUGCGAGGACAAAAUUCAACGCAAUGCCAGAGUAACGGCACGUGGUCCAAUACCCUAACUUCGUGUCAACUUGAGGACUGUGGGAAUAUCACCGGACCAUUUAACGGUGACGUCAACUUAACUUCCACAAGGUUUCAGUCCGUGGCCACGUUCAGCUGCAAUCCAGGUUAUAAAUUGCACGGAGGCAAUUCAACACAAUGUCAACGUAACGGCACGUGGUUGUACACCUUGACAUCUUGUCAACCCGAGGACUGUGGAAACAUCGCCGCACCAAUUUACGGUAACGUCCACUUGACCACCACUAAGUUUCCGUCCAUUGCCACGUUCAGCUGCAAUCCAGGUUAUAAUUUGCACGGAGACAAUUCAACACGAUGCCAAAGUAACGGUACGUGGUCAAAUAUCCAAACAUUCUGUCAACCUAAGGACUGCGGAAACAUCACCGCACCAAUUAAAGACACUGUCAAUUUGAACAUUGCUAUCGACGCAACUUGCACGAGUGCUGGAUGGAACGUGUUGAUUAACAUGUCAGCCCUGAAGAUAUUUUACCCAACAGUUAAAUCAACUGAUGUUUUUCUCGGUGAUCCGUCAUGUAAAGGAAAAAGUGUCGAUAACAAGUUAUUGUUUAGACAGGGUUUCAAUGAAUGCAAUACUGUGGGAAAGACGGAACCAGAUAAUAUAGUGUACACAAACGACUUGAUAUAUGCCAUAUUUGAUACAAACAAUCCGUUUGUAAUACGACAACACGUAUUUACUUUAACUGUUGAGUGCGACGUAAAGCGGACGGAAGCAGCCUCAUCGCAUGUGCAUCAUGAAACAAUUCACCAGCAUGUCAACUUCACAAUACACAACAAUAUCAGCAUGGCGUUUUAUAAAGAUGCAAACUUCAGGGAGCCUAUUUCUGGUAACCCACUACAUGCCCAUGUUGGUGACCAGGUCUAUGCUAAGGUGUACACCACUGUACCGGAUUGGAACAUUAAACUGCGUUUGCACACUUGCUACAUCAAACCUCCAAAGACCUCAGAUUCGUCUAUGGACUAUUUCCUCAUAAAAGAUGGAUGUGAGACGGACACCAACACACACAUUAUCUCCCAAUCAGCCCACGAAACGACAUUUGUGUUCCAGGACUUUGAAUAUUCAACUAACCGCGAGGGACUUGACAUUCUUUGCAAUGCUACAUUUUGCGAAACUACUGACUAUUCGCCCAAGUGUACUCAAAGAUGCCAUUCCAACCCAAUAGUUAUUGGGUGAUCUUCU